UUAAGAGCAUUUUAUUUUCACUUAUAAGAAUCUUGUAGCAUGCUACAAAGUUGAAUUUGGGCGCAGUUAUACGAGCAUUUAGUUCUAUAACUAUCUUAUAAUCAUCUUAUACAAUGUUAUUAAGCCUUAUAAUAUACUUGACGAAGCUCAAUAGCGCCUUUAAUGAUAUGAGACUAAACAAUUACAAGUGCAAACACUCUUGUUAGUAUCUGACGUAAGUAUUUUAUUAGAGCAAUCUUGUUUAUAAAGCACUUGUAAUGGUCUUAGAAAAUAGUUUUAAGUAUAUUUUAAUACAAGUUAUUUUCGUUGUUGCUUUGACUGGUCGUGCCGGAUUUUUUGUGUUACCACGCACGUAAAAACGUAAGUAAACUUACUAUUACUAUUAUUACUUGUAGUACUUUAAAACAUCGGUAAUAUAUUGUAAAUAUAGUGUGUGAACUCGUGGGGAAGUAAUAUUUACUGUAAAUAUGUAUCGAAAUUUAGUUAAUUUCACGGGGCCCUUCGAAAAUUCCACAUUAGUAUAAUGUUGCGAAUAAAUUAUUUCAUAAAUUCUUAUGCAUAUCGGCCAUGUUUUAAAAUUGCUCUUGAUUAAGUCCUUUAUGGAACCAUUAUAGGUAAACUAGUACUUGUAGCAGUUUCUGUCCAGACUACUCGCCUCCAUUUUAAAACAAAUUAGGGUUCCCUUGAAGUAAAUUAAAGUCAGCUAGCUAAUGAUUGAUUUUCCUUUUUAGGAUUUAAUCAACAAGAUGGUGGUCAUUUUUGAUGUUGACUGUUUUUUGACCAAAUCGUCAUUGAUUUUACUAAAUCAUGUGAGAUGGCCUUGGACAAACACACAUUUUGUGUUAUCCGAAAGCUGCAAUGGGUGUGGAUUUCCAGUUUAUUUAAACAAUAUGGAUAGACCUACUCACUUCAUUUCUAAUCAAGAAAAUCUAAAACUUUUCAUGCAUCAAAGCUUUUUUUGGUGCCCGAAUUGCUCCCAGUACAGCAUAUAUGACCAUUACAUAGAAGAUGAAUGCACAAAUUGCUACUGAUUUUGUAUCCACAUAACUUUUUACACACGCAAAAGUACUUAACUAAUUUUAGAAUAGUGCUAUCCAAUAAAAUAAUAAUAAAAAAAACAUUAUACGGCUGGGCAACCGAAAUAACAAGAAAUUCCUUCCCGCGCCACCCUGUUUGACAAAUAUUUUGAAGGUACGAUUAUACAACUGCUAUCUAUCGAAUUACUAUCUGUAUCAGUGGUUUAUAGUACGGCCGCGGAGUUAUAACCGAUUUGACACAUGACGAAUUGUCAAUUUUAGUGAAGUAAGGAUUAAUUUAAUUACUUUAUUUACAUCGAGUAUACACUUAUAUGUAAAAAUAUGUAAUGUAUCUACAGUAUAAGGAUGUUACGAAGUUUUUUUCCGAUUCCGAAAAGUCGGAAGUUCCGAUUGAUACACCUCCGACUCUGGUUUCGGCUUCGACACUAUUAAAUCGGAAGUCGAUCGGAGGCAGCGCCACAGGAACAGCAGUACCUAAGCAUGUACGAACGAAAUUAAACUUGCCGCACGGGAAUCCCCUCUCUCCGCGUGCUUUCUGUCGAUUACUCUAUCACUUCUUGUUUUGCAUGUAAUGAGAUCGUGUCAUUUGUUUCGUGAUUGAAUAUUUAUCGCGUCCAGCAGGCUCAGUAGCAAGCGAGCAACUUUUUAGUGGUUCUGGUCUAAUCUAUGAUCCGUUGAGAAAUAAAUUGGAGACAGAGAUAAAGCUGCGCAGUUUUUGUUUAUUAAAUACAAUUUGCUACUUUUGGAGUCACUUCAUUUGCUUUAAUUUAAUUAAUUGAAUAAAGGGAAUAAUAAAUAUUAAGAAUCUGUCAAAUCAGUAAUAACUCAGCGGCCGUAUUAUAGCGGUAGUACCUACACAGCUGCAGUACGGGCGCCAGAGGUGCGGGGGGCGGUUGCAUGUCGAACCAGUAGCUGUCUAGCAGUAGUAGCACCUGAGUUGUCAGGAAGAGCGCGUGUGCUUAAUGUGAGUAAGGUGUAUCGCCAGAGAUUUACGUAUUUUUACUAUAUUUGAAGUAACUUUCCUAGAGUAUAGUAGCUACUAGUAUUUCCUAGAGACGGACCUGAUCACGCGUUGUGUUGAAACUCUCUACGAGGCAAGGUCAACGUGUUUCCACAAACUUGUGGGUGAUUAUAUUAUUCUUUUUUUUCUAGUCAAACAUUAUUUUGUUUACAGGUUCAAAAUGCCAUUUAAAAUUGUUCAGACCAUUGAAAAGGGUAACAUUGUAUUGACAUGUGUACCACAUCAAUGGGAGAGCGAUGGAGUUUUGUAUUGGCCCAGAAAACAAACCCAGUCACAGACGAGUAAGUUACAAAAGGAUGAAGGUAGUUGGCCCGAUGAAUCUUGGGAAAAAAUAAACUGUGCGGUAAAAAGGCGGAGCAUAAAAACGUAUCAAAAUGCAAUACAUGAAAUUGAUAUAAUGAGCAAUAAUUCAGACACAGAACCUGACAUAGAAUACGUCUCAUCAAAAAAACAGCGCAAUUGCUCUGAUCUUCCACAGCUGUCAUAUGAUAAUAUGGCAGAAGAAAUUUUAAAGAAUAAUGAGCAUAAUGCUUCUUCAGCAAUAAUACCUGAAGAUGGAGAACAAAUAAUGGUGACUAAUUACGAAAUCACGACACCGAAAGAGUCAACUCCAUCUGAAACACCGUUGAGCGCGCCGCAAGAAAAUAUUGAAAAAUACAUUGUUAUUCCUGAAAGUAAUCAGUCGGACACACCUAUAAUAUACUCGUACAUUAAUAAAGAAACAAGUUUAUCAGAAGAACAAUGCGAAUUAAAAUCCAUGAAAAUAGAUAUCACCACUAUUAAAAGUGACCUAAAAUCCAUAAAUGACGAUAUGAAGACUAUAAUGGGGACCCUAAACACAACACUAAAUAAUCAAGCCGUAUUACACGAAACACUGAAAUCGAUUUUAUUACAAGUGACUGAAAUACAAGUUACGAACGAAGAAUUCAUUAAAAAAUCUAUUACAGAAAAACAAAACCAUUCGUUGAUGUUAAAACCAAUACAAGAUUUAAAAGAUUUAGAAGAGUUUGAAAAUAAAUUGAUGGAUUCUGAUUAUAGAGAAGAUUUACUAAGAAAGUUUAGUGUGUUUGGCACUAAAGGGACAGGGAAGGGAAUCACAAGAGCAUAUACAAUUAUUGAUAUUUUGUUUGAAAGAAAGUUUUUCAAAUCGUGUUCGUGGACUGGAGCUUCACGUUCCCAAAAUGAAACAACAGAAAAAAUCUGCUUAAAAGGUUUCUCUAAGAUGAUUGGUUUCUUUUUUGAAGUUAUUUAUAAACAAGACUCGUCGUUCCAUUUAACUGACUGUCAUAAUUUUUUUAAAACAAUUUUGCGAAAUGCCGAUCAGCGGGCCAAAUCGAAGCAAUUACGAACUUCCGCAAGUAAAUGCAGAGGAAAAAAUAGCGCCAAAAGGACUUCUUCUGAAAAUCCUACAUCUACACCACAAACCACUGGUAACCAAUUAGAAGUUGAAGAUGUUACAGAGGAAAUUUUUGUCUGAAACUAUUUGAUCUAAUUUUUAUUUGACUAAGUGACUUUUGCAUCAAUAUUAAUUAUAACACGAGAGACAUUAGACUACCCCAAUCUGUCUUUGACAGUUUGGGAUAGUCUGACGUGCUGUCGUCACUCAAAUACAAAUAGAUCAAUAUCCCUAGUAACUAAAUCAAAUCAUUUCAGACAAAAAUUUAGUCUGAUCUGAUUUGCUGAAAUUAUCUUCUAAGUUGUGUAGUUUUAGUAAAUUUUACCAGACUGCGACGAUGCUCAAAAUUAGGGUUAUAUAUUUGACCUGAAUUAAAGAAUAUAAUCUUAUAUUAUAUUAUAAAAAAUAUUUCAAUUUAAAUUUGCCAUAAAGAUGAUUACAUGAUCUUAAUGGCGAAGUUAAAUUGAUAUAUUUUGUUUAACUCGUAAAGUUUUAUUAGUUAUAAGAUUUAUUAGUACAAGGAAGCUAAGAUAAAUUUAAAAUUGUUGCCAGCACAUUAAGCAACCCCAAAAAAUCUGACAAAUUUCUUUAAAUGACUUUCAACUUUAUUACACAUAAAACAUUCAUAAUAUAAUAAGGUGCUUAUAUGUUAUGGAUUACGUUCAAUUUUGAAAAUUUGUCAGAUUUUUGAGAUAGGUUGAUGUGCUGGCCGCCGUACAAAGAAGCUUAAAAAUUAAGUUUGUUGAGACUAGUUAUAAGGACUACAAUAGAUGAUUAUAAGAUUGAUUAAAAAGAAAAAAGAAGAGGCCCAUACCUAGACAUAGGUAAUGUCAGGCUAAAAUGACGAUGAUGAUGAGUGAUUAUUUUAUUAGUCAAACUGAUUAUGAAGACUACAAUAGAUUAUUAUAUGACUGAUUAUGAAGAUGACAAAGAUUAUAAGACUGAUUAUAACGAUUAUAAGACUGAUUAUGAAACUGAUUAUAAAGAUUAUAAGACUGAUUAUAAAGAUUGUAAGACUAAUGUUUAAUUUUGAAUAAAACAUAAUUGUUAUAAA